AUGAAUGCCGUUCAUCGUUUUAGUUACAGUUUCAUUUGCCUGUAUCUACUCAGACUUGUGACUGAUGAAACAAAGAAUCAGACGUCCAUGCCUUUAUAUAGAAGGCUUUCCAUAGACAAAUUAGAUAAAUUCUCUUGUGUUCCUAAUCGACCUCGCUUGCUUUUUUUUCGUUUCCUCGUUCAAGAGUGUGACACCGAUCGCCAACCGGCAUCCCCAGAGGCUCCGUACGUUUGUCCUCCGGAUCUAGUAAUUCCAGAAGGUGUUGAUAUACCAGAGACAGACAAACAGGCACAAAUAAUAGAGCGUACUGCUGUUUUUGUCGCAAGGCAAGGUAAUCAAAUGGAGAUCAUCCUAAAGGCAAAACAAACGAGCAAUCCGCUCUUUGGAUUUCUUAACUACGAUCAUCAGCUGAAUCCAUUCUACAAAGAAGUAGUCAAACUGAUUAGAUCUGGACGUUACAUUCCAAAGGCGCGACCGCAAAAGAUCGAACCUAAUGCGGAAACCAAGUUCGAGCCAAACAAGGCAAAAGAAAGGAAACUUGAAAGUGGAGUCGAGAAGAAAAUGGAGAAGUUCAGUGGUCUAAGGUUGCAAAGAGAUGAGAGAGAAAAUGCACGAACGCCACUGGUUGCGACACCCAGCCAUAUCACUGUCUCUAACCAUCGGUUACGAUCAUCCCGAGGUCCUCAGCCAGGUUGCAACGGCGAGCGAUGUUUGCGGACGCAGGUAGUGGGUGGAGGAAAGCCAAGGGUGGUCAACCUGACACGAAGGUAUGAAAUCCCUAAUCAGGGUACUGGGUCACAUACGUCCCGUUAG